GAAAUGUCAAAUAUUGGCGCCACAGAAUAGGCGCGAAACAACAUUCAAAACGUCACAACUAGUUAACAAAAGCAAAGCAAAGCAAACCAAACCAAACCAAACAAGCGACAUCAGCAAUAAUCGAUUGUUUAUAGAGUGACACAGUUUCAUUUUAAUCUAAAAACAUUAUUUUAAAUUUUAAAAUUGUAAUUCAACUCAUCGCAUUGAAAUCAAUAUGGAUGAGUGUUUUGCUGAAAGUUUAGUUUAUAGUGAUUCGGAAAAUAGUGACGGAGAAGAAGGUGGCGUUGAAUUAACACAUGUUCCUGAAUUAAAAUCAUCACCUGAAAAAAUUAAUGAAGGUCCAACGAAUCAGAAUGAUGGAAAUUCCAGAGAGUCCGGAGAGUCCGAUGAAGAUGAUAUGAAUAGGUCCGUUAAGAAAACAAAGAAAACUUCCAGAUUCUUAAGCUCAGACGAUGAAAAUGAAAACAGUGACAAUGCGAGCAAAAACACAGAGGAUGUACAAGAACCCACCAAAAUUAAUUUUAAUGUGCGUCCAUCGAUUUGUGAUUCGGAUACGAAGAGUUCGAGUGAUGGAAAUCAAAGCAAUACCGAAAUGCAAACAAAAAAGACGACUAAAAAGCUUAAAAAAAAGAAACAAAAAAUUCAAAAGCAGAAACAAAUGUCUAAUGGGAGCGAAAGUGAUGCUGGAGAUUCAGAAGAUGACAACAAAAAUAGCAAGAAAUCCACUCGCAAACGAAGUACUGCUAACCGAUCGGGAGGGAGUGGCGAUUCUUCGGGAUCAGAUUCAUCUAGUGCUGAUAGCAACGACCAGAUGCAUAGUAUUGAAAACGUUAAACCAAGAGAAAAGACGGUGCAACGGAUGUCAGCAAAAAUGGCCGAGCAACAAAUGAAGGAAAUUCAAAGUGAAUCGCAGCGAAUGGCAAGGGAGCUUCAUGUGAACAUUCCUUAUCACAAACCGAAGUCGCAUUCUUUGAAAGAAUUUCUAAGCCGUCGAAGUAUCGUUCAACAGCAAGAAAAAUUAGCUACUAAACCAUUUGUCAAAGCGGCCGUAGCGAUCAAAAUGUCGGGGAAUGACCUCAUUCAAUAUAUGCAUGAAUGUAAGGAGCGUGAACAAGAAGCUGAAGAAUUUUUCCAAGAACAAGAGACCGAUGAAUGUUGGAAUUCGAAAGCAAGUGACAGCGAUGAGAGCGAAGAAGAAGAUGCAGGCGGUGCUGAAAUGAUGGUUGCUGAAAAACCUGAAGAACUGCCAGAUGAAAUCAAGUCGAAUGAAUGCGAAGAGGUUCAGAUAAAUUCAAACACAUCGGCAACUAAAACAAACGAAGAAUUGGAUAAAUCCGUAGAAAGCAAUAAUCAUGGAAUAAGUGAAAAUGGGAAUGACGGCCCGACCGAUGAUCAAACAAACGCCAUUGAAUCUGAAGUUGCGAUUGAAUUACACACGAGUCACGCUGAACUUGACUAUGAGUUGAAUGAUACAGUCGCACCAAAUAAGAAGGUUAAACCCACAUUUCCAACGGACUUUGUUCCGAAAUUGAACGGCGAAAAAGGAUUUGUGAUUGAUUUGGAAACAAAUGAUGUGAAACCAAUGCCAAAAACAGGAGUUGAUGAACUAUUGGCGCGUUUCAUUGAAAACGCCGUUGUCAAACCGCAAAAAGUGGAGACGCAAGAUAUAAGUAUAUUCCGAACCGAUAAUGGGUCUAUUGAAAAGCACACGGUACACGUGAAUGUCGAUAACAUGAAAACAACACGUGAGCGGAGACCUGGUGAAAGUCACUUUAAACUGCGAGCUGAGCUGGGCAGAAAAAUUAAAGAAAAUCGCGAAAAGUUAAUAGCUCAACGUUUGCAAGAAGAAAAGGAGCAAGAGUUGAGUUGUAAACAAAUGGAGAGCGAAGACGGAGAAGAACUUGAUGAUUUAUCGGAUAGCGAAAUGGACUGUACUGAACCUACCGAACAAAUUAAGGAAUUAGAUGAGGAAGAAAUGGAACAAGCUAUCGAUGAAAAUAAUGAGGAAAAUAUUGAAUCAGAGAGUGACUCAGAAAACAAUGACGAUGGCGAAUCUGAAAUUGCAGAUAUAGAACUUGACGCUAAUGCUGUUCAAAAACCUCGCAAACGGAUAUUGACUGCAAUGGACGAUGAUUCUGACACCGAAAAUCCAACCAUUUCUGGACCUAUUGAAGAUUAUGACGCUUCACAUGCGAUCGAAAAUCAGUCAAAAGAAGGUAUGAACAUAUCGGAGCUUGAAUCAGAAAUUCUGCAGCUAAGCAGCGUAACCGAUUCCGAAUCGAAGAAAGAAACAUCGAAAUUAUUUGAAGAGUGCGAUGGAGACUAUGAAGAUAUCGGAGAGUCUCAGUUGAUGGCACUAUGCUCUGGAUCAUUUGCUACACAACAUUUAAAUAAGCAAUCGGUUCAAGGUAUAGAACAAACUCAAGAGAAUGAACCAACUAAAACAAAUGGAACACAAUUGGUUGAAUCUGAAGAAAUUGUCCGAGCAAAACCUGUAUUGUCAUCAUCGGAUGAGGAGGAGGAAUCUAAUGAAAAUGCUUGCACACAGAAGAAAUCGAAAAAGAAAAGAAAGCAACAUACAUUGGUAUAUUCAGAUGAUGAGGGGGGGAAAGAAGAUACGUCACAGCAAGACACGAAAGACGAGGAUGAAAGUGAGUGUCUUAGCAACAAUGAAGAUGACCAGGAGAGUGUAGAGGAUGAAGAACAAGACCUUGGUGAACGUUAUAUCGAAUAUGAUUCCGACGAAAAUGAAAUUGAGGUUGAAAUGAAAAAGAACGAUGUUCGUAGAAAGGCAUCUGAUUUCUUUGAAAACGAGGCUGAACUAUCUGAAUCGGAAUGGGGAUCAGAUGAUGAAGACGAAAAAGAUCUAAACCGAUAUGAAGCCGAACUGGGUGACGCGGAUAAAUUUGACAAGGUCAAAUUGAGAGGCGAGCUAGAAAGGAUCCGAUUGCGCGAACAAAUCGAUCAAGAUUCGCGAGAAUUACGGAUUUUGACCGAACGUUUCAUUGAAGAAGAAGACGGUGGGCAGGAGCGGGAACGUAAAUUCCGAUGGAAGCAUUUGAAUAAUACAGAUCUCAACGAUGACCAAAUUCAAAAUAUUAACCAAGAAGAAAUUGGCAUUGACAAUAGUGAUGAUGAAAAUGAAGAAAACUGGCGUCGCAUGCGAUAUGAACGGGAGCAGUUAUUGAAGAAACAAAUGAGUGGAGAUAAAGAUGUGACCAUCGAACAAACGACUACAAGCGGUGGAAUUGCUGAGCAAACUACAAACAAAAAUGCAACGAUACUGAAUUCCAGCAGACGUAUAUCGAUUAUAAAACCAGUUGGUGCUGCCACAUCGAAGACAAUCUCACCGUUUUUGAUUACCAAGGGUGGUGUGAACAUGAUGCAUUACAACCGCAAGUCAUUUUUGAACCGUGACAGUCCAAUUUUAGAGAAGUUGGCUUCUUUGUCUAAGGCUGGAACCGACAACGAUUCAAUUCUCAACACAGCCAAAGGGAAGGGAAACUAUGUUUUCGUCGCAACUGCAAAGAAAGAUAGUGUCAAACGUAAAUCAGAUAGUGAGAUGGGUGGUAGCUUAGGAGCUGAACCAAUAAUGAACCCAAGCAAGAAAUCAAAACUUAAUCCAAAAGAGAUAAGGCCACAAACAAAAGCAUUCUUUGAAUCGUUAAAUUAAGUUUAUUUCCUUAAGAAUUUAAUUGUUAAAAAUACGGUUAAAAAAAUUAAAUAAAUUCUUAACUUAUAGUAACCUUCA